GUGCAGGUACGCGCUGUUCCGCUUGCGGCUGAGGGCGGAAGAAGACCUCCGACAACGUAGCCUUCAAGGUGGUACGACCCCUCCAUGUACAACCAUCUGCCGUUGUGGGAGACGCCGCUGCCUCCCUCGGAUGAGGAGCCGGAGGGGGAUGAACUUCCAACGUUUCCUCUCGGCAGCGGGUCGACGCACCUAUUGUCGCAGACGGUGCUCGCAGGCGGGUCGGUAAGCAACGGACGCGGCGAGUACACGACACUCCUGCAGCAGGGAUUGGGAGACGACGAUGACGGGGGAGUUGAUCUCCGGUUCGGGUUGUCUUCUGGCGGCGGUAGGGAGGCGAGCCACACGUUCAUCAUGGACGUCGAUCCUUCACCACGUGGCGUUCAACAAUCUGGAAGCCGGCAUACAAAGCAGUCCACACUUCGUGGCGGAGUGUCCGUUUGUGGCGGUGUCAGGCCAUCGUCAGCAGGCCGACAACAUGGAUCGAGUGCACAGUCCGCCGACCGAUUGACAAGCACCUGCCCCGAACGCAAUGGAGUCGCACUAGGGUCCCUGCGCAUCGGCGGUACACUUCAUUCGAUGCCCAAAAGCACAACGCCGACCCAACCCGACCUCAGGGACGACGACACAUGCAGACCAGUGGUGCGUCCAACACCCAGUGUGGAGAACAUCACACAAGGAGUGUCGAACAUGCAGGCACACAGCGAUGGUGGCGAUGACGAUGCAGACGGGCGAUUCGGGGAAGACGUGGAGGCAAGGGACGACGACGACGACAUUCCUAUUCGGCCUUUGGGGAAGACGAGCGGGAGGGGGAGAGGACGCAGCAGGGGUGCUCUUCGUGGUCGAUCCGUUGGCUGUGGGGGCAAAGGUGGCGUUAGCGAUGAUGGCGGGAAGUCUGCGACGUACUGGUCCCCGGAAGAGCAAAUCCAACUGGUGAGAUGCAAGCGGGAGCAAGAGAUGCACCUCGCCGGUCUCGGUCACAAUUACGGGCGGAUGUGGAUCAAGGAGUGGAAGUGGGAAGAUAUUGCCAAGCGCAUGKCGAAYGCGGGGAGGCCGAAAGACGYGGACRACUGCAUGAAGAAGUGGGACAAUAUCUUCCAAAACUACAAGAAGAUACAGAGGUUUCAGAAUGCGAGUGGCCGACCAGAUUUCUUCCGGCUAUCGAAUGAAGAAAGGAAGGAGCACAACUUCAAGUUCCGGAUGGAGAGGGCGCUAUACAACGAGAUCCACAUAGGCAUGGUUGGCAACCACACAAUUUUACCUCCCAACAUCACCGACACUGGAAGUCCGGACGGGGUGCAUCUGCCCAGGCGAGGAGCGGGUGCUGGGGAGUCUGUUGGUAGUGAGGGCGCUGGUGAAGGCCUCCCUGAAGAACGUUCUACUACGAGGGACUCCGACAACAACGCUGCCAGCGGGGCUGGAGGCGGUAAGCGGAAGAAUGCUCGUCAACAGGCGUUGCAGUCGAUUGCUGAUGUCAUGGACCGCCAUGGCGAACUGAUGUCGUCGACGAUCGAAUCAUCUAGCAAGCGGCAAUGCAGCAUAUUCACGAGGCAAUACGACAUACUAGAGCAGGAAGUUGCAGUCCAGAAAGCGCACUAUGCGGCGUCCGAUGAGACGCAGAGGAUGAUGUGCCACAUGCCUAUGGAGAUCGCUGCCGCCAUUCGUGGUCGGUCCGCGAUGUCGCCACGAAACAUGUCUACGAGAGGGAACACCCGUGGGAAGAAGCGCGACGUGGUCGUCGACGAUAACCAAGGGCAGGGAAGAGGGCGGCGGCAGGCCCCGAAAGCGAAGAGGGUGCGUACGGAAGAUGCAUUGCGAAGGGUGUGUGGUCGUGGAGCGCAAGGUUGGGCGGAGGAAGCGGAAGGGGACUGUGACGAUGAGUUCACGACGGAGGAGGAGCAGGCGGAGGCGAUAACGUCUGAAGUACGCGAGAGCGAUCGGCAACACUCUUCUGAUCGCACCGCUUCGACGAGGAUGCAGACCCCUCCACACGAGGCGCAGCAACUGCGUGGCCGUGAAACGCGGACAGAGAAGGCUCCCAUCGUCGAUCUUGGCGGCGAUGAUGACGAGCCCUUGGAGAGACGCCGCAUUCGCAUUCGUACGACGACGACCCCACCGCCGGAGGUGGUCAUGCGGGUUGCUACAAACGAAAGGCCAGUCUUGGGCAGGCUGCCUGCCACGCCGUCUCAGCCACGUCAGCGCAACGACGCUGGUGAUGGAGGGUCCAUCCAACGUGGUGGCGGGGGGGAAGUCGUGGCACAUGCGCGCGCAGUUGGUGCCCAGGUGGCAGGUGCUGUGGGGGCGGGCGGUUCAGGCAAUGUGACCGCCGUAGCGACUGGGAGGGAGGAGGCAGCAGUUGUGGCGACGGCGAGAGAGGAGGCGCGUGGCGAGAGGAAAGUCGAGCGGGAGGCAGGCGAGGCCGGUUUAAGCCGGCCACGGAGGAGUAUCAUGACAAAAGACCUCAUUGAUCGUGCCGUCCUUUGGGUCGAUGACAAAGCUUUCUGGACGACGGGGGAGGGACGAAGACUAUACAACAUCGUCCACGAAAUGAAAGACUACUUCGUCGCCAUCGCCAACGGACUUCCAGUGCCUGACGUCCCUUGGAGCGUCGUUCUGCCCAAAGCCAGCACGCGCGUGGCCAGGAUCGUCGACCAAUAACAGCUGCAGCAAGCAAUCUCCCGUGCGGCGGCAGUGGAGAACGUUGCUCUGCGCAUC